AUGUCUUCUCGUCAACCCAACAUGACCAAUAUGGCCCAGAGAAAUAUCCAGCAAGGAGCUGCUCGCCAGCAGAACCAGCCUUUCAUGGAACAGAACGGAAAUGCAUUUCAGUUCAACAACCUUCAGCAGCAGCAGUUUGCUCAGUUCAUGCAGAGUCAGAAUGGCCUCGGCCAGAUGCAGAACCAGAACCAGAUAAUUGGUGGUUUCACUUCUCCUUCUGAUGAUACAAACAACAACACCAACUUCGGCAGUCCCAUGGUGGUUGGAACUCAUCAAUUUAACCCUUACUGGGCCCAGAGCUCCUCUUCUACUCCCAACAUGGCCUCGGGCAACCCCAGCUUUGAGAGCUUCACUCAGUCUCAGACCCCCUUCAUGUCCAACAGCCAGAACCAGUUCCAUGGCAGCAUGCAGAACUCGUUCAUGGGCAAUAUUCAGAUGCCUUUCAUGAGCGAUCUGAGCAUGCAGCCUCCUUUCUUUCCUACUCCUCCCAUGGGAAAUGCUCAGACUCCCUUCAUGAGCAACACCCAAGAUUCCGCCAUGAGCGACUCUCAGGGUCAGGGUUUUGUUCAGCACAUGUCAGGCCUUCGCGCCACUGCGCCCUCCUUCAUUCCUACUCAGAACAGCCCUGUACCUCAGAAGAGUGCCGUUUCUAUGGCCAACAUGACUCCUCAGAUGCACGCGCAGAUGCAGCAGAUGGAGAUGCGCAUCAAUCAGCAACAAGCCAUCAUCAACAGCAUGAUGAUGCGAUCGUCUGGGUCCUCUGCCCAGUCCAACUCCCAACACGGACCAGCUUUUCAGAUGCAGCAAACCCCAACCACUCAGGUUCCUAGCCCUCGUGCUUCUACUCCUGCAACUCCUCCUGCCCAAAAUCCUACUGCACAGUUCCUUUCUGUUCAGUCUCCUAUCGCACAGGCCCCUACAAAUGAGCCUGUUGCGGUCCACUCUCCUACUGCUGCGUCUCUAACUACUGAGUCCUCUGGUUCUCAGGGCGGCAACACUGCGCAGACUGUUCCGGCCCUGAGUGCCAACCCAGACUCCAUGACCGAGCAAGGUUCUCGUGUGAAUCAGAGGGACAGCUCCUUGACUCAAAUUUCAAGUGUGAUGAAUACUGACCUCGCAACGAACCCUCGUACACGCCUUCUACUCCAGGAUGCCAGACCUCAUGCUACCCCUCCUCCUCAACACAAACUCCAAGACUUCCUUGGCGAUGAUGCUCACAAGGUCGUCACCCAAGAGCUGUCCGGUGAUCAAUCAUCGACUUCCCAAACUUCUCCUAAACAGGACUCUUCAGCAGAGGAGCCUUCUACCCCAGCGUCUUCAAAUGGCUUUUCAUCCUUCGAGGAUUGGUCCAAGGAGCGUGUCUAUGCUCCAGGCAUCUUUGCUCCUCGGCGCUCCGAUGGACCCGAGAAGAUAACUCAAAAGGAAAAGAAGCUUCGCGAGGCCGAGGACAAGGGCCAGAAAGUCUUUCCCAGCAAACGCCGCGUCGUUCGCAUCGACCCUGAAGACCCCCGAUUGGUUCGCGAUGCAAACGGCUUGCCUAUCACACCUCAAGGUGAUAGCUACAACAUCUACUACCUCCCCGGACCCAAGGUCCUUGACACUGCAGAGAUCAAUAGAAUGCUCGCAGAGAUUCGGGCGGAGAAGAAAACUGCAAUGGAUGAAGCUGCCAAGACUGGUGAGCCAAUCCAGUACUCAAAGUCUACAAAGAGGAACAGGAAAUCCAAGACUAGAGUUCUCAAAACCCCAUCCGAGAACAUCGCCAACAAGAGGCGACGCAAGACUACUAAUACAACAACAACAACAACUUCUACUCCCAAAGUCGUUGGCGAUGCUCAACUUGCCACUACUCUCGCCGUUCAGCCCUCUCUCAACAACGGUCCUAUCGCUCAAGCUUCUGACGACCCCUUCACUAUCAAGAGUAACACUGCCAUAUCUGCACAAUUUACUGGUGGCGAUGUCUUCAAUCAGCAAGCUUCGAUGAGCUUCUUCCCUCCCCAAGUUAUCCUUGGCAGUGACCUCAUCCAAUCAUUCACUGCUGGCAACACUCAACCACCUACCACUGGCAGUGACCUGACUCUUCAGGUCGCUCGAGAGAACAGCUUCACAUCUCAAACCACCUUCGAACAACCCACGGCCAACCUCACUGGCAACGACUGCACUUCCCAACCUUGCAACCCAUGGGAAGAUAACGCCCUCCAACCCGCUGAGGACUUCACCAACACCAACGAUCCCAUGUUUGUUGAUAACAGAAAUACCCUUGACGAGGACUUGCCUCUCGAUGCUGAGCCUAUUGCUCAACUCUCCCUCACGCAAUGUGACUCUUCCCACCCCCCAUCGACUCCCGUCUCUGAGUCUGGCGCUGCCAUGACCCCUGACCACUGUCUUUUUCCUCUUUUGACAUGGCUUGCUGCUAAUUCUGAGAAUGAUUCUACGGCCCAUACUGUCGACCCUUCUCUGUCUGUUCCUUGUCCGGACAUUUUCAAGACUUGUCAACCGGAUGUGACCCUCGGGCACAAGGACACUUUGUCUGAGCCAUUUGACGAGAUCACCAUGUUUCCCCAAGACGAUGAACAAGGCACCCAGCUGCGCAAAGUCUCCAACGAGCUCGAUCGACCUCUUCCCGGGCAGCCUGACACUGUAGUCUAUGUUGCUGACAUCCCCAACCCAAGCAACCGAGACUUGAACGCCGAGCACGCUGCCGUCAUUGACCGGUUCCGAGCUGGUGACGAGUCUAUUGACGUCGAUGCCGUGAACAGGCAGACCGCGGGAGUGACCGAAGGCAUGUCCCCAGCUGAUAUUCCGGCCUUUGGGGAUGACGUCCUUCUGCAUGUCUUCGCCAGUCUUGAAGACAUCCCUGAAAACAAUCUUCAGGAUCCCAACGCUACUACUGGCAACGACAACACUAUGUUCCCUGUUACUGGCUGUUCAGACUUCAACUCUUCUAAUGCUACUGGGCAUGCCUCAAACUGGCCUCCUGCCGCACCCAAUGUGAGCCUCACAGACAUGCCGUGCUCUCCCGUUGUAGCAUCUCAAGAGACUCAAGAUGCCCCUUUUCAGCUUCCACAGAGCCCCGAAUUCCACCCUCAAGACCCUAACAACAGCCUGUUUGGUGAUUUGGACCAAGACAACAACACCACUAAUGCCGCUCCCGAGGGAGUAUUCCUGAAUCCUGCUGUAUUAAACCAGACAACAGCCACUACUCUAUCUACUUCCGCAACUGCAACCGCAGCCGCAGCCAAUACCACCAAGACUGGCAACAACAAGCGCAAGGCGGGUGAGGAUGCCAGUGCAGCGCCCAACAAGAAGGCUCGCACCAAGAAGGCCCCUGUGCCGCAACUCGCGUUGCCACAGUGUGAGGUUCGCUUUGGUCCUGGCGCGCAGCAGUAA